CCAUGUUGCAACGUCAAACAAAAUUGACUUUUACCAAUCCCUGAAAUCGUACAGUAUUGCGAUAUCAAAAUGAAAUUUUAAAAAGUGUUUAUGAUAGAUUUUAACAUGGGUAAAAAACAGAAUUAUAAGAAUGGUCGUCAUGCAACGAUGUUUGUAUAUUUACAAAGUUAUUUUGUUACCAUAGCUACCAUUUUAGGAGUUGGGAUUCUAGGACUACCUGUGACCCUGUCAAGAGCAGGAUUAUACCCUUUCCUUAUUUCUUUCAUUCUGGGAUCAGUUAUACAGGUCCUUUUGGUAUAUUUCUUUGUAGAACUACUACAGAUUGCUUAUGCUGCUCAAAAUUCAGGAACAUCUCAUAAGGAAGAGAUGGUUCCAUUGAAUGACAUGUUAGAAGAUGAUAGUUGUGAUGAAAUGGCACCUAUGGACAGUAGUACUGGUCCUGUACUGGCAGGUCAUGUGAUCAUACCUAAAGGUCAAGAAAUAGAAUCACCCAGUCUGUAUACAUUAGGAAGUUUAUUUUUAGGAUGUGGAUUUAAACAGUGUUUUGAAAUUAUACUGUUUUUACAAUUUGUUGGAUUUUUAAUAAGUUAUGCUUUAGCUGGUAGUGAGGCAUAUGCACAGAUCAUUGGAGUGGACUUGCGUUAUGUUAUACCUAUGUUUGUUUGGAUUUGCACAUUUGCUGUUGUGUUUGCUCUGCAGUUAGUACAGCCAGUUGUUUCAGUUUUAACUUUCUUUAAAGGAUCACUUUUAUUAGGGACUGUGAUAAUUACAUUUAUUGUUGGAUCAGAAGUAAACAGAGAAAUCCAUGAUGAUUUCAAAGCCACAGGAGAACCAUUCCUAAUGGGAACAGUAGCUUUAGGUGGUGUUAUAAACACAAUGCCAUUAAUGUAUACAAAAGUCAAACCAGAGGCAAAUCAGAUAAAGAACUUUCGUCUGUCUGUGAUAUUAGGCCUUUUGACAUGUAUGGUGCUUAAUGUUUUAUGGUGCUGGGCUGUACUGGACAUUGUACCACAGACAUCAACAUUCCCCUGUAAAACUGGCAUUUGUCACAGUAAUAUAUCUUUAGCUAGAUCCAAAUCAUUAGGAGAGAUUUCAACCAUUCCAUUAACAGAGAUUAUUAGAGCCAAGUACCCAGAAUAUACAUGGGUGUCUUUGUUGGUUGAAUCAUUCAUUGUCGUCAGUAUAACAGUGUCAUUUCUGGUCAAUGGAGCUGUCCUAUAUCAUACCUUGACAGGAUGGAUAAAAUCUUUAUGGCCAAAAGAUAAAGAGUCAGCUUAUAAAUCUAAGAAGAUAUGCUGUAAUGGAGAAUGUGUGUGUAAUAAGGUUGUUUCCCUGUUUCUGUUCAGUAUUGUAUUCGUAGUAGCCAUGUUAGAUCCAAGAGGUUUUAUAGAAAUAUUGGAGAAAUACUCAUCAUUGGCAAUUAAUUUAGAAGCUGGAUUAUUUGUAUUUAUAAUGAUGCUUAGUGCCAGGAAGAAAUAUACAUUACAACAUAAAAUUGCAGUAAGGAUUCCUGGCUACAUGAGACCAUUACAGUUACUUAUACCAUUAUAUUUUGGUUUUGCUGUAGUCUAUGAUCUAUAUAGUGCCUUAAGUGAUAUAAUCCAAGAAAGUUCACCAGGAAAAAUAAAUUCUACUCAAUUAAAUAACAGUGUUAUAGAGAAGGUAACACAGAUAUUUGACAGUCAUGACACAACAUCUAGUCUUCAGCCUACAACUCUUCCUUUUAAUUCUACAAACUUUACCAACAUGUUUUAAGUACAUUGACGAAUCAGUGGAUUUUAUAAACUUUAAUGACCGCUCUUCAAUAUGAGAUUUGAUCCUUAUUUAUUUUGCUUGUGUUCAUUGUUGAUAACAUUGUACUUUAAGUGUUACUAUAUAUGUAUAUUUGAAACCAAAGCUCUAGGAAACAUGGUAUCUGUUUAAUAUUUAAUGUUGCUCAAUUUUUAUUGUUUCGCCUAAACAAAGUAAAAAAAGCGAGACUUAGGUGUGCUGUUUCCGACAAAAAAGUGCUUGUGUUUUGUAUCAUGAUAGAUAUUUCUUGAUUGAUAAGAGCCAAAGAUGUGUGGGAAAUUUCAAAUACAGUUUUAUUAAAUCAUACCACAUCUUCUUAUAUCUAUUUAUUAAAUAAUUUGCAUAUUAUUUUAACUGAUAUGGCAGAAGGUGUACAUUUACAGUGCAAAUUCCUCCUAAGGUACCUGAUCCAACUUCUUUUGACUUCUAUGAACUACUUCUCUCUCUCAUGUUUAUAUAUAAUGGUUCUUUAAGGACCAGUUUAGAAGGUUGUGUGAGUCUUUCUGAAGUACCAAGGGUUAUUUGAAAUAAGAGUUUUUGCUUAUGGGGAUAUUUUAAUGUUUAUAGCAUAUGUAUUAUAUUUUUUAAUGUUUUUUUUUAUGUAUUUUAUAAUAUUGGGUAAUUGUGAACUCAAUUUGUAUUUAUUAUAUAUAAAUAAUCUAUUAUAAAAAGUAAUACAAGACCUCCAGGACAGUAUAAGAGAAUGAAAUGUACUUUCAGAUAAAUAUAUGAAUGUAUUAAAUAAACUUAUUACAUUGCUUGUAAUGAAUUACCAUGAUUUCCCAGUGAAAUAAAAACCGAUAAUGUCACAUGUGAAAUAAACUCGGUUAUUUCACUCCUCUGACGUCAUACAACAAUAGGUGUUGUCAAGACGUUGUCGAUGAAGUCGCAUCAAAGCAACUGUGAAUGCGUAGAAAAAGAUAUAGUUCCUUACAUUUUCUACUUUAAUUCCACUAAAAAUCCCAUUGUCAAUGUAAUAAAAUGAAUAACUAAUCAAAGAAUUCAAAUAUCGAAAAAUAUUAAACUCGUAAACUAACAACACUGAUAAUUAACUCAUGCGCUACUCGCAUUCGUGAAUUAAUGUGUAGUUCGGUCACUUGUUGAAUAUUUUUCUCUAUUUGAAUUCUUCGAUUAGUUAUUAUAUAAUUAACUAUAAUUAUUGCACCAUAAUUUCGACUUGGAGCAUAAUUCUUUAAUAUUGGCUUAAAGCAAUAGUUGUUUUUAGCUUUAUUAGCUUAUUAGAGGUGACAAUAAAUAAAAUUUCCUGAGCAAUAUUAGAAUUUCAGAUACUUCUGAAAUAUAAUAAAUCAUACUACAAUAAUCCACACACAGAUUCAUUUAUAAAUGAAGUUUGUUCCGAAAUGACAAUUUUGAUCUUUAGCAUCAUCUUAAUUGUACCAUGAUUAUAUUAAAUCUUGUGUAUAUGAAACAAAUUAUGAAAGGAUUGUAUUUCAAACAGAAGUCAAAGCAUGAAAACAAACAUUUGCUACUGGAAUAAAAAAUCCAAUAGAUGUGUAGCAAUUAUUUAAAGUUAUAUAAAACUGUACAACUUAAAAUAAGUUAGUAGUGAAAACAAAUUUAUUCAUAAUUAUUUUUUACUGUUAAUUUUAAUUUCAAAAAUGACAAUUAGAAAAUUACAUCAUAUUACAAAUUCCUAUCAGAUGAUAACCUGUAUCAAGCCCAAAGAUAUGAUGGUAUACAAAAAAUGUUUAGAUGUCACUUAGAGAUGAAAAUAUUCUUGAAAAAAGAUAUUUACAAAACAUGUGUCACCUUAUAUUUGAAAAAAGAUUAAGUUUUUUUAAGGUUCAAGUGUUUUAAGUAUUGAAAUUGUUCAUUCAUUGGCACUUUGAGAACAUAACCAAAAACUUAUGAAUGGGUUCUUGAAGAUUUUAUUUAAAGGUUUUAGUUAAAUUAGUAUAAAAUAAAGUGAAUGGUUGUUAUCAUAUUUGAUACAUUUAUCAUUGUCCCCUUUUUAACACAUCUGACUUAAAUGUCAUGUGACCUGGCAUGUUAUCAUAUCUAUUUCUGUCACCUGGUGUGUGUCAUCUCUGUGGCCACUAAUUCUAAAUUUCAAGCAGCUUUCUUAAAUUAUUGAACCAAAUUUGGCAGGAAUAAUGUAUAGAGGUUUUUUUUUAUAAAAUCUCUUUUCAUUAACCAUAUGGAUUGUAAAAUUCUCAAAGUGGUGAAUUUCUCUGAAAUAAAAUUACAGUAGGUUUAGAUGGUGCCGUUUAGAUGAUUGAAGUGGUGGAUAAUUUCAUAUUGUUUCCACUUUCAAUGUGAUAAUAAAAACAAAACAAAUAGGUCUUUGUGUAAAUGUUGUUUGCUCCUAAAAGGGAUACCGGGUAUGUAAUAUAAAAUUAUUCAAAUGAUGAUUCAAAUUACUAAUUUGCUCAUUAUUAGAUUGUUUUGUUUAUUGGCAAGGAAGUUUAAUAUUAAUUGUGCAAUAAUGGAUUAUGUGAUUAUUUUUAUGUACAGCAAAUAUAUAAAUCUGGUAAAAAAAAGUGUAAAGUAUGCAAAUUAUUGUGUCAUAAACCUGAUAUAUCAGUGAAAGGGUUAACUAUAAAUAUUUUCUUAUGACAUUUUUACAAAGUUGACACUAUUUCAGUGUUAUAUCAAUCGAAUCAAAGUAAUGUAUUUUAACAUACAUUAUUUUUAUUGAGUUUUAUGGUAUGAUAUUUAUCAUGAAGGAAAGUUAGAUUAAUUAUGCUAAUCAAGGACAUAUGUUAGUUAUACGUCCUUGUGCUAAUGUUUUAUUAAAUAUAACUUUAGGGUUUGGGCUACUGUCUUUUGUAAAAUAUUUUAUUAGUAGAAGAAAUGCAUAUUUUAGAAAUUAUUUUUUAUUACUUUUGAUCUGAAGAUUUUAAAUUAUGAUCAUUACAAUAUUUAUUUAUCUUUAUUAAUAAAUAUAUUAAAAUCUUA